GCUGGUUGCCCUAUUUCCUGUGACCUUGAGGGCUUGAACUUCACGGCCCAGGGGGCCUAGGGUUGUGCCCUCCAACUUUCUCCCUUCAUUGCUCCUCCCAUACUUUAUCUACCCUGCCCUCUACGGCUUCCUGGGCUGAAAUGCGAGUCUUUUUCUUUCCCUAGUUGGGGGUGGGGUAGGGGCUGCAGGGAACAUGGAUCCUAAGAGGGCGCCUGCGGCUCCAGACAGGGGCCCGCGGGUAGCGGCGGGGUCGGAGACGGCUGCGGAGCUCGUGUACCAUCUAGCGGGGGCUCUGGGCACUGAGCUUCAAGAGCUGACGCGCCGCUUCGGGCCCGAGGCGGCAGCCAGGCUGGUGCCGCUGGUAGUGCGGGCGCUGGAGCUCCUGGAAAAGGCUGCGGUGGGGCCCGCCCCGGACUCGCUGCAGGUGUCUGCACAGAAGGCCGAAGUGGAGCUGCGGCGACUGCGGGAGGAGAACGAGCAUCUCCGCCGAGAGCUGCUCUCUGGGCCGCAGGAGGAGCGCCUUCUACUGCGGCAGCUCAAGGAGGUGACUGACAGACAGCGGGACGAACUGCGGGCGUACAACCACGACCUGCGGCAGCGCAGCAAAGAGGCAGAGGCGUUGCAGGAGCAGCUGCAGCGCCUCCUGCUGGUAAACGCCGAGUUGCGGCACAAGCUGGCAGCGGUGGAAACGCAGCUGCGCUCCGCACGAGACAGGGAUCGGCAGCGGGAGCAGGAACUUGCGGUUGGUGCCGGAACCAUUAAAUCCCCAGGAAGCGUGGUGGAUGCCAGGAAGCAGCCAGAGGACCCCACCAAGAUAGGGCCCUGCAGCUUCAGCAGAGAUGAGCUUGAACAGAUACUUCAAGAAAGGAAUGAGCUCAAAGCUAAUGUGUUCCUGCUGAAGGAGGAGUUAGCCUACUUCCAAAGGGAGCUACUGACAGACCACAGGGUCCCUGGGCUUCUGCUUGAAGCCAUGAAGGUGGCUGUCAAGAAGCAGCGGAAGAAGAUAAAGGCCAAGAUGUUAGGGACCCCAGAGGAAGCAGAGAGCAGUGCUGAUGAAGAUGAUUCAUGGCUCCUACUCUCUAGCGAGAAGGAGGACCACCCUCCAGCCCCUGAGUCCAGAAUACAGAGUUUCUUUGGCCUAUGGUAUCGGGGAGAAGCAGAGACCCCUGAAGGCAAGGCUGACAACAUGGCUCCUAGUGCACUGAGGGGAGAAGAGGAGAUCCCACAGCAGCCCCACUUGGAGCCUCCAGGCAGCCCUGCAGCCCCCAGCUCCUGACCAGCCCUGCUCUGCUCUCUAGUCUACAAACAUUUGUCUGAGCGUCUCCGCUGCCACAGAGACCUGGCCUUGGCGUCUGGCUGUGGGGGAAUGGAUGACCUCAUCUGAGGACAGGGCUCUCUACUAGUGUCCAGAGUCUUUCUCAUGACAAGGAACUCAGCAGCUCCCUUCUUGUGAUUCUGUUCCAGCCUCUGGGCUCAGAGAGAAGCGCUUCCUUUCUGACUCUCAGAUUCUCCAUCCAUGGAAUGAAGCAUCAAUUACCUACCCCCACCCCUGGGGGGGAUUUUGUGCAGAUGGCCUUAGCUUAUGUAAUAAAACAACUGCCUGAUCUACCCAGAA